GCUCCCCGAGGAGCGGAGCGGAGCGGGGCGCCCUCCCGCCCCAUGCGGGCUCUGCCUCCUCUCGCCCCCGCAGCGCACGAGGGAAGGAGCCGGGAGCCCAGCCGGCAGCAGCAGCCGUCCCCAUGAUGUGCGAGACGGGACUGAUCUCCCCGGAGCCCUCCAGCCCGAUGCAGUACUACGGAGAGUCCUCCGACACUUACUACCAUGUUGACCGCUGGCAGAAACUCCGGACAGCCGUCAGGAAGCUGGAGUUCUGGGAAAACUUCAAUGCUGAGCUGAUAGGCAGCGGCUUCUUUUCCAAGGUUUACAAGGUGACUCAGAGUGCGACCUGCAAAGUGAUGGUGGUGAAAAUCUACAAGAACGACGUGGACCAGGAGGUGAUAGUGCGCGAGAUUAGCUUGCUGCAGAAGCUCUCCCACCCGAACAUUGUCAGGUACCUGGGGAUCUGCGUGAAGGAUGAGAAGCUGUACCCAAUUCUGGAGUACGUUAACGGUGGGUGCCUGGAAGAGCUCCUGGCCAGCAAGGAGAUCACCCUCAGCUGGAAGGAGAAGGUGGACUUGGCUUCAGACAUCACAAGGGGGAUGAUCUACUUGCACUCCAAGAACAUCUACCACCGGGAUCUCAACUCCAAGAACUGUCUCAUUCGCGUGACCCAGCGGGGCCGGGAAGCCUUGGUGACGGAUUUCGGUCUGGCCAGAGAGGUGGUGGAGCUGCCCGUGAAGAACCCAGAGAGGAAGCUGUCCCUCGUGGGCUCAGCCUUCUGGAUGGCCCCUGAAAUGCUGCGGGGGGAGCCGUACGACAGGAAGGUGGAUGUGUUCUCAUUUGGCAUAGUCCUGUGUGAAAUACUAGGCAGAAUCCCCGCUGACCCGGAAGUGCUUCCCAGGACGCAGGAUUACGGCCUGGACGUUGCAGCUUUCCAAGGAAUGAUCAGUGAAUGUCCCAUGCGGGUUUUGGACCUAGCCACAAGUUGCUGUCGGGUGGAAGCAUUCAAGAGGCCCUCUUUCUCCGAGCUGCUGGAUGAACUGGAAGACGUAGCAGAGAGUUUGGAGGCUCUAAAGGACAAUCAGCUGUCCGGAUGAUUGCCCAGGCUCUUCUGAACCCUGAUGGCGUCAGCCUCAAACUGUAAAUUACUCGUACAUCAGAAAAGGCGAGAGGAGAAAGAGAGCGAGUGUGAAAGAGCAAAGUAAUGCCCUGGUAUUUAUUUAAUCGUGUUCUCAUUCUCACAUAGAAAGUGUGGCUUGAAAAAUACAAAGGGGGAAUUUCCAAGGGAUUUUUUCUAGCUGAGGUUUUUAACAGAAAUAUUUCUGACGCUGAGCAGUCUUUGCUUGGUUGGUUUUUUGUUUGUUUUUUUUUAAAAGAGGAAGAUACUAAUUUUUGUUGUAAA